AAAAAAAAAAAAAAAAAAAAACAAACUCGGGACACUGUACAUAUGUAAAUACACAUAUCUAUAUAUAUUACGCAUUAUAAGGAAGUAUGCAUAUAUCGUGUAUAAUGUGUGUCUAAUGUAUUCACUUCCCGUUAUGAUAUUUCAGUUUAACGUAAGAAUUUUUUAUACAUGUGCGCGCACAAAAAACACACAAAAUAGAAUAUAAACGUGCAUUUUUUUAAUUGAACGAAAUAUUCCACGAUGUAACCAAGUGUAUUUAUACACACGAAGAACACAACAAAUUUUUCCGUUUGGUGUAAAACGAAACUCGAUUACACGUGCCAAUUUAAACGUACCUUUUUUAACGUUGCUCGAAUUAAAACCAAAGAAAAAAAAAAAAAAAGAAAACAAGCGUGGGAGCAAAUAGAGCAUUUGUUUGUUUUACGGGAAAUAUGAGUGUUCAAAAGAAAUAUUUCCACGGCCUUUAAACGGGCAGCGGAGAAUCGAUAAUACAAUAUGAAAAAUCACAUUGCCGAGUGAACUCACAUUCGUGUCAAAGAAUAUAUAUAUAUAUAUACACAUAUGUAUGUAUAUGCAUGUAUACGCGCGUGUAUGAAUAUGCAACAACGCGCACGCUUCUGCAUUAUGCGCGCUCGCUCAAGGUGUCGGAGCGCGCAUUGUGAUCGGGCUCGCUGCGCGAGCGUUUCAAUGCUUCAUUGUAUUUCUCCUCGACCAAAUAUACAUGUAAUGUCAUAGCACAAUAUAAUUAAAACAAAAGAAAGCAUUAUGGUAAAGGUCAAUGUUAACGAUACGCAUGUGUGACAUGCAAAAGUCAUUGCGGUUUGUAACGUGUGACAUUACAAUAUAAUAUCCAGUGCGGUGAAAGGCGCGUGAGACAAACUCGCGAAAUGAGCGUAAUCGCGCGUACGAUAUGCAAUAAACUCGAUUCGUUGCGAAUGUGCUCACCCAUUCGACGAAUCGAUAAAAAACGCAAAAUGUCAAAGAUUUAUGUUGUGCAAAAACCGAACGUCUCUCGAAGAGUUGCGCGCUUUGUGAACCACGUGGCGUUAUCUCACACGUUAAAACAAAUAUUUGUAUGUAAUAUCGUUUUUAUGUGGUGAACUACAGAGAGAAGAAAGUAAAAAAAUGUAAAUGUUUGAUUUUUCCUUCUUAUCCAAAUUCUCGAAAUGUUUGUGUUCGAUAUUCAUUUUCUUGUGAAAAACAAAACACAGUUUUUCACAGAUGCGUAUUGCAGAACGUAAAACACCGAUAAAAACAAUCGUUUGACAGCAGAUAUUCUCCUAAACACACACAAGACAAGAACCGGUUGCAGGAUCGACGAAGGAAUCGAGUGAAAGUGAUCAAUUAACGAACUCGGCACAGCUUUGCGAUUCUAUAGCGGGAUCCCGGCAACGCAGACCUCGGGUGGUCGCUUAGUUACUUACGUGCGGAUCUAUUGUGCGAACUUCUCAAGAGCUGUUUUUUUUUUCGCGCGAUUUUCGUUUUGCGGAUCUGUUUCUCGAAAGUGAAGUAGAGAUGCAUUUUGCCUACGUUACGAUCUUGUUCGCGCUCGUCUUCUGUUGUUCCGUUCGCGGAUUUCCGGACGGCGGACCGGUGGACGCUUGCGUGAAACCACGACCGAAUCAGCCCUAUCACGGCCAAGCGCGAUCGCAGCCCUUGAACACGAGUCCUUACAAAAUACUUGCCUCGUCGUCGCAGUACGGACCGAAUUCUCAAAUUACAGUCACCAUAGGCGGCAACGUUCCGUUCAAAGGAUUUUUCCUGCAGGCGCGCGAUGCCGGGACGAACGAGUGGAUCGGAUCCUGGGCGCAAACGCCAAACACGAACACGCAUCCCGAGUGCAGUGCCGUGACACACGCGGAUCCGCGCGACAAAGAACAGGCCACUUUUAUAUGGAACGCGCCGCCGAAUUCGCGCGGUCGCGUUUACUUCACAGGAUCCAUACUGAAGGACUACGCGACGUACUGGUCGGACCUUGUUUCGCAGGAACAACAAUAGUUUCAGCAACGUAGGCUACUCAGCGUUCUUAGACGUCGACGAAGCGCUUUCGCCAAAGGAUAGAUUUUGUUUUUUUUUUAUCUUAUAUACGCAGAGAUUCAAAAGUCGUACCUUGAUAUAUAUGCAAUGUGAUGCGCAACGUCUUAUCUAUAGGUUUUUAUAUUUUUUCAUUGUCGUAGAGACGAGCACGAUCGAGUGCUUCAGGUAAUAAAAUAAAAUAUCGCAAGAAUGAACACAUUA